AUGUCUUCCAUCGGUGACAAGAUCUCCAACGCCGCCUCGGCCGUCAAGGACUCGUUCGGCGAGAACUCCGCGUAAGCCUCUACUCCCCCUUUCCCCCUCUCCCCACUUCCGCUUUGGGCAUUGAGUCCUUCAACAUAGACUUGCGGACUACGCACUUACAUUUCUUCCCUUCAUACAUACAGUGCUGCUCAGAAGGAGAAGGACAAGGGUCAGUGACUCGAUGCCGUUUAAACAUCAAUGACCCGACGGCGCCUCCGACGCCACCCUUCACUGUCGAACUACGGACGGAGUACUGACCCCGCCACGUGAUUUACCUUCCUCUUCUUUUAGAGGUCGCCAAGGGUAACACCGGUGCCGGAAUCGGAGAUCGUGCUUCGGCGUAAGUCACCCGUCCCGACCACCCUCAUACCCAACCGCGUCGACGACUUACCAUCGAGCUCCUAUUCCUCCCCUCCCUCCUCUCCUCCUCCUCAGCGCCGUCUCGGCUCUCGGCAACAAGACUGAUGAGGAGAGGCACGCCGCCUCGAAGGAAGGAAACAAGGAGGCUGCCAAGAACUAA